AUGAACUUGAAGCUACUAUCACAUCUAUCGAAAUCUCAAAGACAGUCGCUAGUCAUGUCUUCGUAUAAACCUCCAGUCAAUCGUGGGAUGAAGGAAUUGGACCGGUCAUUUUUCCACAAAACGAUACCCCUUCAAGCAGCUUAUUUUCCUCAACCAAAGUUCUUGGGACAAUUUGUCAAAGCUUGUCAACCUGACAUCUUUUACGUACGGAACAUUAAACAUAUUGUGGACUUGGACAACUCAAAAGCAGUACUAUUGAGAGAGGGAGUAGAGAAGGUACUGGAUUUGAAUGAAAAGACGCAGGAGAAAGUCAAAGAGUUUAAUAUCGAGUUGAAGCCAUAUCGACUCCAGCUUGAUUAUUCAUUUUGGAAAAGCGAUGAAAUCUUGCAAGCUAUUUUGCCUGAGCACCUAGUUGAUGAAGUGCCCAGUGGAUACAGUCAAGCAGGGCAUCUCGCUCAUCUAAACUUAAGAGACGAAUUCAAACCAUACGGUAAGCUUAUCGGUCAAGUCAUCAUGGACAAGAACCCUUCGAUAAAAACAGUGGUAGACAAGAAGAAUACAAUUGCCAACAAAUUCAGAACAUUCCCAUUGGAACUUCUCGCAGGAGAAGAUAACUUUGUCGUGGAGCAAAAUGAAAGUGGGUGUCGUUUCAAAUUUGAUUUUAGUAAAGUUUAUUGGAACUCACGUCUCAGCACUGAACACGAACGAUUAGUCAACAAGUUUGGAAAACAUGAAGUUGUUGGUGAUGUCAUGGCAGGAGUAGGCCCAUUUGCAUUACCAAGUGGUAAAAAGGAUACAAUUGUUUUAGCAAACGAUUUGAACCCUGAGAGUUACAAAUACCUACAAGACAAUAUAGGGUUGAACAAAGUCGACACAUUUGUCAAAGCAUGGAACUUGGAUGGUCGUGAAUUUAUCGAAAGAGCAGCUGAAUUGCUACAGGAUUUGUCAAACAAAGGUCCAUUGAAAAAGACGACAGUGAAAAGAUCCAAAAACAAUAAAGUCACCACCACUGAAGAGGUCCCUGUUCCAAAAUUUUAUCACCAUUUUGUCAUGAACUUACCUGAUUCUGCUUUGACUUUCCUUGAUGCAUAUAUUGGUCUCUAUUCACAAUUUCCUCAAAUUCGCAAUGAGCCAGGGUUCAAGCUACCCUGGAUUCACGUCCACUGUUUCGAAAAGUUUGAAAAUGGCGAGGAUCCAACUCUGGAGGAGUUGAAUGAAAGAUUAUGGAAAAAGAUCUGUAAGUUGAUUGACUAUGAAUUGGAUGUUACCAAGAUGGAGUUCCAUCAAGUACGGAUGGUGAGUCCUACAAAGCCAAUGUUUUGUGUUUCAUUUGAAUUACCCGAAGAAGUGGCUUUCAAAAGGAGGUAG